AUGGUUGACUCCAGCGGGAUGGAUCCGGUAUCCGUUGGUAGAGUAAGCGAUGGCUCAGUGAUCGAAAGCGAGAGGGAUGCCAGCGAAUCCGAGGAUAACGACGAGGCCGACGACAAUGAAUCCAACGAAAACGACAAUAGUACUGACUCCGUCAACAGCGGCAAGUCUGUUGCCAGUGAAGCUGACGAUAUCGAAGCUUCUGGAAGUGAGAUUGAUUGUUGCAGGUCUGAUGGAAGCAAAUCAGACGACAGUGAAAUAGAAUCCUGUGACACGGGCGUGAAUGAGGUCGAUGAUACCGAAUCCACCGGGACAGGACCCAGCGACAGCGAGAUCGAAAUCGAUGCAAGCAAAUCUGACAGCUGCGAACUCGAUGACUCGGAGACUGACGAAAGAGAGUCCAGGGAAGCACUUUCGGACGGCGAGGAUUCAGACGACGACAGCUCUGUAACCAAUGAAGAAAUAGAAGACAGACUCAGGCUCUCUGACGAUGAUGACGUGGAGCUAGAUGGCGGCCGAGGUGCGAUGUUGGUCAUCAACAUGGACGGAAUGAUCGCUGGGGCAGAGGGAGAGCUCGAUGUUGUGCUCACGCCACUUGUCGAGGAGCUCGAGGAACUCGAAGCGGUUUCCGAAGACGAAAGCAAGAACGUAGAGCCUGCCAGAUCAGUGCCGAAACUUAAAGAUUCAGAUGACUCGAUCGAGCUUGCAGUGGUAUCGAAAAGCGUGGAGAGAUCAGAUGCAGACGAUUCGAUCGAGCUUGAAGUGGUGUCGAAAAGUACGGAAGAAGAAUCAGUCGCGGAUGACUCGAUCGAGCUUGAAGCGGCCUCGAGAAGUUCUGAAGAAACUUCGGUUGUAGAUGACUCGAUCGAGCUUGUAGCGGUCUCGAGAAUUCCUGAAGAAACUUCGGUUGUUGAUGACUCGAUCGAGCUUGAAGUAGUCUCGAGCAGUCCCGAAGAAACUUCGGUUGUAGAUGACUCGAUCGAGCUUGAAGUAGUCUCGAGCAGUCCCGAAGAAACUUCGGUUGUAGAUGACUCGAUCGAACUCGAAAUAGUGUCGGAAAGUGCAGAGGAGAGGUCAGAAAGGAACUUCGACGACGAAACUGCCUCCGUAGUGCUAGAAAAUGCAACUGUAGGGACCGUCACGGAUGAAGAUUCCGAAGAAAUCUCAGAGCUGGCAACAAUGCUCCAGAACAUGCUGGACGAAGACGAUUUCUGA